GUAGCCAAUGAGCACACUCUCAGUGAGAGCCUAGGGUUAUAGGGCUUCCAGCAACCUGUGACUGCGAGGAAAUUGAUUUUGGCAUCAUGGGGAAAUCUCCGUGCCCUGAGGCCCUUGCCCGGUUCAUGAACUUUAUGGUAGCUCAUGGAGCACAGAUGGGCAUGGUGCACUACAUAGGUCCAUCAGCGAGAUGGGGAAGUAGGGAACUCCUGAGAGAUUACCCUUGGAGGCUGGCCAGCAGGCCCUUGCCCGGCUCACGAAGGGAGAGAGUGGCGCAGGCAUUUGAAGAAACCUCUCGGCGCUUGUUCAUCCUAAGUGGCUGCAUACAGUUUCUGAUACAUGCCUGCCAGUGCUCCAGUACCAGAUGUCAUCUGCCUCCCUGCCGGAAGAUAAAGUGGGCCGUGAAGCACACCAAGGGCUGUAAACGGAAAACCGAUCGUGGAUGCUCCAUCUGCAAACAGUUUAUUGUCCUCUGCUGCUACCAUGCCAAGCACUGCCAGGAGAACAAAUGUUCAUUGGCAUUCUGCCUUGACAUCAAGCAAAACCUCCCAACAGCUGCAGCGCCGGCUCCAGCAGGCUCAGAUGCUCCACAGGAGGUUGACCAAUAAGCAACGGACUGGUGUGGCAGGACACCAGCUGGGUCUGCUGUCCCCAACUCCUGAGACUCCAAUCAGCGCUUCUGACCAACAGCCAGCCAUUCCGUAGACACCCUAGACCUAACCCACCUCUCAUCGUCAGCCCACUCCUCCCAACAUCAUGCCACCCUGUUUGGGCCCACAAGACUCCACAGGAAAUACACAGCUGACAGAUUCAUAAAGCAUACCCACAGUGUACACCUUAUGGGCACCCCGUUUGCAGAUCUGCAGGUACAUUUGUCUUUUGGAAAAUUGCUGUCAUAUCUGCGGAAGCCCCGUGAGGCUAUGAUUCCCUCUUCAAAAUGGAAUUCAUUCCCAAACACCUCAGCAGUGUGACUUCUACAGAGGCAAAGGACUGAUCUUUGGUUCCCCCACACCAGGAAGCCUUAGAGCAUUAACAUUAACUCUUUGUUCUAAUGGUCAAAUUUACAUAGAGUCAAUCCCACACAAUUACCUGCUAACAAACCACAUAGAAAUUUCUAUAGGAAGACAGGCACUGAGCAGGAAGGCAGCAAUCCCCGCCCUUACCAGACAGAAGGGUCUGGGUGAAGUCCAGGUUCAGGGACAUUUAGUGACUUUACCUAAUGGUUUGGAACUUUAGAUAUUUCCCCUUGGUGCAGGCUCUUUCCCGGGUGGUGUCACCUGUUCUGGAGUGCAGCUUUGUCAGGUUCUACCUGCACUGUUUGUGAUUUUGAUUUGCAUAUUAUGGUUUUUCUUGCCCAUGGAAAUAUCCAACUAUGUCUUUAAAAACUAGAAACCUCAUGGAGAUCACCCCUUAUUCUUGUUGAUAUUCUCACUGCUUAUUCAUGCAAAGGAAUAAAGAACA